AUGUUCCCGGGGUAUGGACUCUCUCCCUUCCCUGACUUCCAGCCUCACCUCCAGGCCUUUGGCUGCAGAAACAGUCCCAGGAUGUGGAUCCCUGGUUCAGGAGACCAACCCCAGAGUGAGGCUCCGGAGGAGAGGCCGCUGCUGCGCUCGUGCCGUCACAAACACGUGGCGGUGUGUCAACAGGAAACACUGGCGUUCAUCGAGCUGCAGCCGGCGCCCAGAGUGAGCGGAGGGAACGCCCACAAACUCUCUGGGAACGCCCACAAAUUCUCUGGGAACGCCCACAAACUCUCUGGGAACGCCCACAAAUUCUCUGGGAACGCCCACAAAUUAUCUGGGAACGCCCACAAAUUCUCUGGGAACGCCCACAAACUCUCUGGGAACGCCCACAAACUCUCUGGGAACGCCCACAAAUUCUCUGGGAACGCCCACAAAUUCUCUGGGAACGCCCACAAACUCUCUGGGAACGGCCUCAAACUCUGUAGGAACGGCCUGAAAGAGCGACGCAACGGACUCCACAGGUCGAGCCCGGAUCAGACCGGUCCAUCUGACUCGGACUCCGACUCUGAGGAGUUCCCCUGUGUUUCUGACCUCUUAUGUCACACACACAAACACCCUGAGCCUCUGUGUGAGGAGGACCAGCCACCAGACCCUGUUCCAGACCCCGUCCCAGACCUGGAGCUCUCAGACAGGCCACACUCCGUCACCACCGUGUGCCGACCUCUCCACGCCGCCCUCAGCCUCCCGCUCUCUUUACCCCUGACCUCUCUCUACUGGGACCCCCCCUCGUCCCCGGAGACCCCCGAGCCCUGUCUCCCAGUGAGGAGGACGUCGCAGGGCUCACUCAAGGAGAAGUCCAUGCGGAGGAAGAUGCAGGUGUAUUCCCCUGAGAGCCCCACAGAUGAGUGUGCGAGUCCCCUCUUGGACCCAGACUUCCUGUUCCCGGGGCCCCUGGCCUCGUUCCUGGAGGAGGACCUGAGUCUGUCGUCUCUGGAGACCCUCAGUCCCUUGUCCUGUGACAGUGGCACGGAGCUGCCCAGCUUCAGUCCCGACGACAUCUUCCACCUGCCAGAGGAGCCCCUGCACAUCACAGAGGACCCCAUCCCAGGGCUGCCCGAGGAGAACGGUGUGGAGCUCUCUAUCGCCUCCUGUGGCAGCGCUUUGUCUCGCAGAGGAGAGGAGCGCCGCCGCUUCUCAGCCUCAGAACUCAUCUCACGACUGCAGCUGUCCCAGAGGAAGAACUCCUUCACCCUGAAGCUGGGAAAGUCUCUGUCCGCCCGAGUCUCAUCCAGAGACAGACAGAGCUCCGGCUGCAGCCCCAGCACCGACUGUACGGUAAAGUUGAGUUGUCGUCAGCGCAGCUCAGGAUGCUCCAGUGACAGCGCCCCCCACAGUCCUGUGGGAUUAACUGCACCUCAGUCCAUUUGUGAGAAUGGGCUGCAGCGAUGGAGUACCAAACUCGGAAUGAGGAAGAAAUCCAUAGAAGAAGACGUGAGUGCACUCCCCGCCCUCAGCUGCUCCAAUCGUCUGUCUCGCUUCCUGCCCAGCUCCAUCCUGUACCAGGAGUACAGUGACGUGGCCAUAAACAGAGAGAUCCAGAGGCAGCAGGGGAAGGAGCCCGGCACCGAGGAGGAGAGCUCGGACGGGACGCCGUCUCCGUCCAACCUGUCGCCCUCCAGCUCCUUCCGCUCAUCGCGGGGUUCGGCCUUCGCUCUGUGGCAGGACAUCCCUGAUGUGCGCUCCAGUGGACAGCUCGACAACUUCAGCAACGAGGAGAGAAAACUGCAAGAGGCCAAGUUUGAGCUGGUGUCCUCUGAGGGCUCGUACAUCCGCAGCCUCACCAUCGCCGUGGACCACUUCAUGCUGUCCCAGGACCUGGCUGAGUGUCUGGGGGCGCAGGACAAGCAGUGGCUGUUCUCCAAACUCCCCGAGGUCAAAGAUGUCAGUGAGAGGUUCCUGCAGGACCUGGAGCAGCGCCUGGAGGAGGACAUCCUGCGUUUUGAUGUGUGCGAUAUCGUCCUAAACCACUGCCCUGCGCUGAGGAGGGUCUACCUGCCCUACGUGACCAACCAGGCCUACCAGGAGCAGACCUACCAGCGGCUUCUGCUGGAGAACCCCCGCUUCCCCAGUAUCCUGUCCCGACUGGAGGAGGCCCCUGUCUGCCAACGACUGCCCCUCACCUCCUUCCUCAUCCUGCCCUUCCAGAGGAUCACACGACUCAAAAUGCUGGUUGAGAACAUCUUAAAGAGAACAGCUCCAGGAUCACGAGACGAAGACACAGCCACGAAAGCAUUCAACGAACUCAAAAAGGGGCUACGGUCGGCCCACCCUCAAGACCCCACCCACACUCAAGACCCCGCCCACCCUCAAGACCCCGCCCACCCUCAAGACCCCGCCCACCCUCUAGACUCCGCCCACCCUCAAGACUCUGCCCACACAGGUGAGGAGGCCAGGGUCUACGGUCGGCCCACCCUCAAGACCCCACCCACACUCAAGACCCCGCCCACCCUCUAG